AUGGAGAGUGUAAGAGAGUUGGCUUCAGAGAAGGCUGCUGUGAUUUUCACAAAGAGCUCAUGCUGCAUAUGCCACAGUGUGAAAUCACUUUUCUAUGAGCUUGGUGCAAGCCCUGCGAUUCAUGAGCUCGAUCGAUAUGCCAAUGGGAGGGACAUGGAGUGGGCAUUGAGGCAGCUGGGCUGCAACCCUGCUCUCCCUGCUGUGUUCAUAGGUGGGAAAUAUGUAGGCUCAUCAAAGGAUAUCAUAUCCUAUCAUGUUGAUGGAUCUCUAAAACAAAUGCUCAAGGAUGCAAAAGCCAUCUGGUUCUAG